GCACCACAACAGCAACAAAUCUGAACAAAGCCUUUUGCUUCUCUUAACAUCUCUCUAGGGUUUAAGAUUUUCCCCCAAAUUUCUAGGGUUUAGAAUCUUCUCAAUUUUUCAACCAUGGCGCGUAACGAAGAGAAAGCUCAAUCAAUGCUAAAUCGAUUCAUAACAAUGAAAGAAGAAGAAAAAAAGAAACCAAAAGAACGUCGUCCCUAUUUAGCAUCAGAAUGUCGUGAUUUAGCUGAAGCAGACAAAUGGAGACAACAAAUACUGCGAGAAAUCGGUCGUAAAGUAGCUGAGAUUCAAAACGAAGGAUUAGGGGAACAUAGAUUGAGAGAUUUGAAUGAUGAGAUUAAUAAAUUGAUUAGAGAGAAAGUGCAUUGGGAGAGAAGGAUUAUUGAAUUGGGCGGACCGAAUUAUACGAAACAUUCGGCGAAAAUGACUGAUUUGGAAGGGAAUAUUGUUGAUGUACCGAAUCCAGGUGGACGUGGUCCUGGGUAUAGGUAUUUUGGUGCUGCUAAGAAGUUGCCUGGUGUUAAGGAGUUGUUUGAGAAACCACCCGAAUUGCGAAAAAGAAGAACAAGGUAUGAUAUAUACAAGAGGAUUGAUGCCAGCUACUAUGGGUAUAGAGAUGAUGAGGAUGGAAUAUUGGAAAAAUUGGAGGGACCAGCAGAGGAGAAGAUGCGGGCUGCAGCUGUGAGGGAAUGGAUGGAGAUGGAAGAGAUAAAGAGGGAAGCCAAGAAGGCGGUGAAGAGUGGGGAGGUAGUGGAAGUGGGUUUGGGAUCAAAGAUAUUGUUCGAGGAGGAAGAGGAUGUGAUAGAGGAGGAAAGGAGGGAAAGGGAGAGGGAGGAGAAGGAUAGGGAAAAAGAAUUUGUGGUACACGUCCCAUUGCCGGAUGAGAAGGAGAUCGAAAGGAUGGUGGUGGAGCAGAAGAAGAUGGAGCUUCUGAGCAAAUAUGCUAGUGAGGAUUUAAUGGAAGAGCAAUUGGAAGCUAAGGCCAUGCUUAACAUUCAAAGGUAGGUUGGCGAAGCCUGGCCCCGGUUAAACUAUUACAUAGAGCGCUUGUUUCUACUCAAUGUAAAGAGGACUCUUUUUAGGAGUUCUUGUUGCCUUUGAUCUAGCAUUAAUGCAACUUAGCGUUUUUGUACAAUUUUCACGUGUAGAAAACUAGCAAUGAAUAGAAUGAUAAUUUCUAGCUUCUAUUUUCUUCUA